UAUUAUUGUGAAUAUUCAAUGUUAGUUAAUUGGAAUUGUUUGUAUAUUAAUACAUUAAAAAUAUUAUUGAAUUGUUAUUGUGGAUAUAUUUGAAAUUGGUUUUGAAAUAUACAUUAAAUUUUACUAGUUAUUGUUAAUGGUUAUUAUUUUGAUUUUUAACCGAUAUAGUACGGUAAUAAUAAUAUUCAAGUUAAUGUAUAGAGAAAAUAAAAAUUGGAUGUAUGAUAGACAUAAUGAAAAUAGAUGAUAUCGACAAGAAUUCCUUGGUGGAGUUUCAGAGUUUCUUAAAUGAGCAUUUUUACAAACUAAUUAUACGGAUGAUGAUAAAAUAAGAUGUCCGUGUAGAACGUGUAAGAACAUGAAAUUUCUAGACAGUGACCAAGUAUGGUGACAUUUGUACACGGGAGGUUUUGUUGACAAUUAUUAUAAUUAGGCUUCUCAUUGCAAACCUUUUGAUCCGUCAUUUUUGCCACAAACUGUUGGUUCAUCUUGUAACGUUCCCAACUAGAUGAGUGGGUGGGGAGAUUAUGAUCACACGUCGUGGGAUUAUAGAAUUGUAUAUGAUAUAUACGGUGCUUCAACUUCACAAUUUAAUCCGCCCCAACCACUUAACAAUCCUCCUGAAGUUGUGAAUUAUGAAGGCACAAACUAUUAUGUCCCUCAAACUUAUGAAACUCCGAGCUCUCAUAUUCCUCAUAUAUAUAUUGAUGAUAUAGGAGAGAGGUUUCAAGAUGUCUUAAAAGCUAUAGAUCAAUUUCUUUAUGGCAAAUGUGAGAGUCACUCUUAGCUAUCUGCCGUUUCGGAAUUGAUGAACAUAAAAUCUGAAGUCUGGGGACAAACCUCCUCGCAUUUCCGAAAUUGAAGUAUGAAUUGCCAAUCUAAAUAUAUUAAGAACUAUAUAAUUAAUAAAAGCCGAACUUGGAGCCAGUGGUAUUGAAGAGGCCGACAUUACCAUUGAUAAUGAUGAUGACAUCUACAUGCAAGCGGCUGGUGAUCCGAACAAAAGCCGGGUCAUGGGUAUGGCCAAGCAUAUUAUUAAGAAUACUCGAGGAGGUGGUUCAUCUUCCAAAUCUUUGGCGAGUAAAGAGCGGGUGGACAAACUUUAGGAAUGAUUGGAUAGGGAGGUUGAAAAGCGGGAAGCAAUGAAGAGGCAAAUGCAAUCAUUUUUUGCCACGUGGCAGCCUUCUACACCUCCCCAAGAUUACUACGGUUGAAUACAGCCCGACGGAAGUCAGUCCAGCAGAAUGCAGCUCUCGAUGCCUUAUUUUCCUCCACCAUACUUUCAAUCUAGUUAGCAAUUCUUCACACCUCCAGUCCUCCACCUCAACCAGAGUCUCCACCCCGUAGUCGAGGUGGCGGCCAGCCUGGAUAUAUCAAGCUCUAGUCUAAUACCAAGGAUAUUAAUCGAUUUAUUAACAGCCCUGAAGAGAACCCUCCAAGUCCCGAUAAUUUAAAAAAUCUAUGACAAUAAUAUUUUUAAUUUGCAUUUAAUAUCAUUCUAUUAAAUUAGUUCUUAUGACUAUGUUUUUUAUUUAAUUUAGUUCGUAAUGCAGAAUUUUGUUUUUAAUUCCUGCCUUUUUAUUGAAAAAUACAUGUAAUUUUAAUUGCAGGUUUUUUUAAUUCCUCCCUUGUUGGUGGCUAGUAAUACCAACCACCAGCAUAACUCCUGAUAAUAUCACGUAGAAAAUUUUGAAAGUCCAACGAGGGAGGUCACCCCUCUUUCCCCCCUAAGUCCGGCGCAUGUAUAUAUAGUGCAACGAGAAAUGUUUAAAAUUAUAUAAAAAUAAUGUGAAUCCCAAAUUCUUUGCCAUGAAAAAGAAAAGAUAAUAUAGGGGUAAUAGUAAAGUCUAUUUUUUGUCCAGGGUAAUAAUAAUUGACAUUUUUGUCCAAGCAUAACAGACAAUAUUACCACAAUUAUGACAUUGAUUUUCAAAGUUUGUUGGUAAUAAAUACUCCUAUUCACUUGCAUUUAAAAUGUGGUGUUUGUAAUUCAAAAGAGUGUAUUAAUUUUACUUCUAUUUAGGAUAUUUUCUUCUAUUAAAGUUAGUUGGACCUUCACUUGCAUAAUUCAUCUUUACACUUUCCUUAUCACUACAAAAAAAAUCGCUUGUAGUCACGGACCGUAGUCACAGAUUUGGUCCGUGACUAGUUAGUCACGGUUCUAAUCACGGUUUAGUCACGGAACGUUUAAAAAAAUAGUCACGGAUUUGGCCGUGACUACGUCCGUGACUAUAGUUAGUCACGGAUGUAGUCCGUGACUAAAGUGUUCCGGCCAACCCAAUUUCGCCUCCGGCGGGAUUUUUUUUUAAAUUUGAAAUUAGUCACGGAUGUAUCCGUGACUAAUUCCGUGACAAGUGCAAAAUUGAUUUUUUGAACGUUCCAAAUUUAAAGUGCUCUGACAAAUCGUACCAAAAAUGUGCAGUCACGGACACAUCCGUGACUACGUCCGUGACUAUAAGUUUUAUAUAUUCAGCCUCCGCUUCAUUCAACAAAAUCACACCAUCUACUCCAGAUAGAAUUGAAGAAUGUAAUCUACCCAUCUCAUAUCAUUUUUCUUGUUUAUGCAGAUAAGGUAUGUAAUUCGAAUUACGUAUUUUUUGUAUGAAUUAGUUGGUUCAUUUUAGCUACUGCAUUAGUUAAAUUAAUACUUAAUUAAUUAACAAAAUAAAUUCCUUAAAUUUAGUUACGUUAAACGUAGGUGUAAUUUAAACAUAUUGGGUUAAUUAAGUUGUAUUUCAUUAAUUAAAAUUACGUAAAUUAGUUAAAUAUGUAAAUUAGUUAAAUACAUAUAUAUAUGAAAGUAUAUUAUUAAAUAUAAUAUUGGCAAUACAUAUGUUAUUAAUUUUAAAAUAUAGGGUUAAAAUUACGUAAAUUAGUUAAAUACAUAUGUAAGUAUAUAUGAUUAAAUAUAAUUUAAAUGCAUAUUAUUAAUAUUAGUUAAAUGUAAGUAUUAUUUAAUUCAAAUGAUUAUAUAUAUAUAUGAUUAAAUAUAAGUAUAUGAUUUCUUUAUAUUGGCAAUUAUUGUUAAUUAAGGAGGCCUAAUUUAGGAUUAAUAAUGAUUUAAAUUAGGGUUAGUUAAUUUAAUUUAAAUGUGUUUAUUAUAUAUAUAUGCUCAAAUUAUUGGAUUUGCUCAUAUUAUUUAAUUUAGUAAACUGUUAAAUGUGCAUUAUUAAUAUAUAAGAUUAAGAUGUUGAUAAUUUUAGUAUUGUGGAUUAAAUUAAUGCCAUUAACGUAUUGUGCAUGUUUAUAGUUUAAUAAUAUUAAUUAUUGGCCGUUAGUUAAUUUUAAGGGAAUUUUAGUGAAUUUUAGUGAAUUUUAGUGAAAUUUUAGCCAAUCAGUUAAUUUUAAGGGAAUUAGUUAAUUUUAAGGGAAUUUUAGGGAAUUAGUUAAUUUUAAGUGAAUUUUAGUGAAUUUUAGUGAAAUUUAAGGAAACUAGUUAAUUUUAAGGGAAUUUUAGGGAAUUAGUUAAUUUUAAGUGAAUUUUAGUGAAUUUUAGUGAAAUUUAAGGAAACUAGUUAAUUUUAAGGGAAUUAGUUAAUUUUAAGGGAAUUUUAGGGAAUUAGUUAAUUUUAAGGGAAUUUUAGUGAAAUUUAUUGAAAUUUAAGGAAAUUAGUUAAUUUUAAGGGAAUUAGUUAAUUUUAAGGGAAUUUUAGGGAAUUAGUUAAUUUUAAGGAAAUUUUAGUGAAAUUUAGUGAAAUUUAAGGGAAUUAGUUAAUUUUAGGGAAUUAGUUAAUUUUAAGGGAAUUUUAGUGAAUUUUAGUGAAAUUUAAGGGAAUUAGUUAAUUUUAAGGCCGGGAAUUAGUUAAUUUUAGGGAAUUAGUUAAUUUAAAGAGAAUUUUAGUGAAAUUUAGUGAAAUUUAAUAUAUUAAUAAUACUCCACAUAUGUUGAUAAUGUUUAUAAUUUAGAGUUUUUAACCUGUAUAAUAUUUUUAUUAUAAUAUUCAGGCAUAAUGUAUAGACAAAAUAAAAUUUGGAUGUAUGAUAAACAUGCGGUAUUGUACGGAAUGCAAUCAAAUUUUCUUGAAGGAGUUGAGGAGUUAAUAAAUUCGCACUUGAACACCCGGCUUAUAUGAGUGGUGAUAAAAUCAGAUGUCCAUGUUCAAAGUGUAAAAAUCUCAAAUUUAAACACCCAGACGAAGUUGGGUGGGAUUUGUACGCGGACGGUUUCCUUCCCAAUUAUUAUAAUUGGAAUUCUCAUGGCGAACCUUUGGAUCCAUCUGUUUUAUCACAAACGGUAGGUUCGUCUCGUAACGUCCCUGCAGAGAUGAGUGCGUGGGGAGACACUGCUGAAAUGAGAUGGGAACAACGUAUGGUAUAUGACGCAUACGGUGCAUCGAUGUCUCAGUUCAACCCCCCACAACCAUCUAACGAUCCUCCGGAAGCUUCGACCUCGUAUCAACCACAUGAGGAUGAAAAUCCGAUAUUUUAUGAACCUUAUGUGGAUGAAGGUUUAGCUGAAAGAUUUCAAGAUAUUUUAAAAGCAGCUGAUCAACCCCUGUAUGCUGAUUGUGAGGGAUACUCUCAGCUAUCCACCGUUACAGAGUUUAUGAACAUAAAAGCUGAAUACAGUUUGUUGUUUCAAUCGAUAUGCUCAAGUGUUUUGGAUGCAGCAUCCUUCCGUAGACUAGAAGAGUCUGUUCCCAUGCUGAUGUGUAAUUUGGAAAAAAUAAUGCCUCCAUCAUUUUGCGAUGGAAUGGAACAUCUUGUAAUACAUCUUCCGUAUGAGGCUUUAAAUGGUGGACCCGUCUUCUAUCGUUGGAUGUACAGAUUUGAAAGGUUAGUCACAAUUUCAUUUAUCUUUGAAUAUUUAUUUCAUAACAACAUUAAUCUGUGUACCACUUUUAUUUUACUUUGCAGAUUUCUUGGAGAGUUGAAAAAGAAAAUGACCAACAAGGCACACGUUGAGGCUUCUAUUUGUCAAGCAUAUCUCCAACAAGGCACACGGCGAGGAUUUAUAUGAAAAUGUAGUUUCCAUUUUCAAUUACCCAGGUAGAGGUAAAGGAGCUUGGACAAACCGAUACAUCGUGGGAAAAGAAUUACAAAUUGCGCAUACUUAUAUGCUCAUUAAUUGUCCAGAAAACUUACUGUUUUAUCAGUAAGUUAAAUUUGUAGUUAUCUUUGUAAUAUAUAUAUACAAUUAAGGUAGUUGAUUUAUAAUAUGUUCAUGUUUGACUUCACAGUGAAUUUAGAGCGGAGUACUCAUGUGGAUCGUUGCGCUUACCGCUACACUAAAAGCAAUUGCUGAUAGUGUAGCACGCUUCUUUCCCUUUAUAGCACAAGCGAAGUGCCACGUUUCUUUACUCCUUUACACCGGCAGGCUGGCAGAUUGCUGGCAGCGCCUACCCGCAGCCUACGACCCAACAAUCUCCCUCCAGCACCUGCCAGCCUUUAGCUGCGCAGCAUGCUGUCGCCGGGGGUCGAACCCGUGACCUUGGCUCUGAUACCACUUGUGGAUCGUUGCGCUUACCGCUACACUAAAAGCAAUUGCUGAUAGUGUAGCACGUUUCUUUCCCUUUAUAGCACAAGCGAAGUGCCACGUUUCUUUACUCCUUUACACCGGUAGGCUGGCAGAUUGCUGGCACCGCCUACCCGCGGCCUACGACCCAACAAUUCAGCAUUCCCUCACAAUGAAAUUGAUGCAUAGGUGGACUCUCAUUUUAUACCGUGGUACAAGCAUCAGAAGCGAAGCCGGGAAGAAAAAUUGGAUGUCUGAGAAGGCAUUGACGACACAAUGGCACGGAGGCCGCAAACCUCAGAGUAAACAUAAUGAAGCUCUUGCGGGGCCUCAAAAGAAGAGGGUCUCUAUCCUCAAGGUCAUCAAACAUUGUUGGACGAAGAACGAUGAUGAGUCGGAAGCCAAUCUACCACCCCCACCCCCGCCUUGCUGAAAUCGAAACAAAGAAUAACGCAAAUGUUGAAAAGAAGCGGGUGGAACUAGGCUUGACUCAAGAAGAUGACAUCGAUUCUGAUGUGGAAGAUGAUGCGAUCCUUGAGGCAGCUGGGGUGUGCAAGGGUCGGCUUCCGUGCCUCGGGGCUGAGGGGCAACAUAUUUUGUACGAUCGCAGCGGCAGCGGAGCUUCAUCAUCUUCUCGAUCUAGGCGAGGAGAGGAUCCACGCAUUGCCCAAUUGCAGCGAGAAUUGGAGGAGCAGCAGCGGACAUUUGAACAGCAACGAAAGAAUGAUGAAGAAACAAGGGCCCGGCUGGAUGCAAUGGAACGGAUCCUUGCCGGAUAUCAGCCUCCGCCUUAGCCUCUUCCUCGGCCGUACAUGUUGCACGUUGAGCAGACUCCUCAGGUUCCGCACAUGGGUAAUAUGGGUUAUCACUCUAACUCCGGUUAUGGUGCCAUGCCUGCAAUGGGGUCGACAUUCGGAUCUCUGUCGUCUGAUAUGCUCAAUCAGUUUCAGUCAUCCGGUGAAGGCAACCGAGGAGGCAGCCGAGGAAGCAACCGAGGAGGCAACAGAGGAGGCAGCCGAGGCAGCCGAGGCAGCCGAGGAGGUACCCGACCCUUGGACACCGUGGAUGCAGAAGAGGAUCAUCAUCGUGACUAUGAUGAUAAUGAUGACGCAUAUGAUUAUGAUGAAUCUAAUUUUUAUCAUAAUGGAGUCCGACGUACGGGCAUGUAAUUACAUAAUAUUGUUUAACAUUGUAUGGAUUUUGUUUUUAUAAUUCAGUCUGUAAUAACAUUUUUUAUGUUUAAGAUUGUA